AUGGCGGAAGUAAGUCUCGGCAUGCUUAUAGACAUUGUGGACGAAGAGUGGAUGAGGGACACUCUACCUGAUGAUGAUCUUCCAUUGCCUCCAGUGCUUGCUGUUAGGACUGAUGACACCGAAGAAACCAAUCAGGAAACUCAGCAAACAGAUGGAGAAGCUUGGCAUGAUCUUGCACUGGACACACAAUAA